UCUGAUCUGGAUCGACAUUUUCUUGUCUGUCUCAUCUCUCUCGCCGGCGGUCAGAGCAGGAGAAAGCGCCCACAAUCGGCGACCUAGCUUGUUGGAAGUAUACUUUUUAGUUCCAAGAAGUGAGAGCUGGUUAUGGCAAAAGCCAUGGAAGCCACCGCAAGGUCUUCUUCAUCACUCCACGUCGUGGUGUUCCCAUGGCUCGCGUUCGGCCAUAUGAUCCCCUACCUCGAGCUCUCGGAGCAGCUGGCGAGGCGCGGGCACGCCGUCACCUUCGUGUCCGCGCCGAGGAACCUCGCCAGGCUGAGGCCCGUCCCGGAGGACCUCCGGCCCCGCGUCCGCCUCCUCCCCCUGCCCCUGCCCAGCGUCGACGGCCUUCCUUACGGCGCCGAGUCGACGGCCGACGUCCCGCCGGAGAAGGUCGACCUCCUCAAGGUGGCUUUCGACGGCCUCGCCGCCCCUUUCGCCGGAUUUCUUGCCGGAGCCUGCGCCGGCGGGGAGGGUGCGACGGGAUUCGGCAAGAAGCCCGAUUGGAUCUUCGUUGACUUCACACACCACUGGCUCCCGCCCAUUGCUGAGCAGCACAAGGUACCGUGCGCGUUGUUCUCCAUCUUCCCGGCAGCGUUCAUCGCCUUCCUCGGCCCCAAGACGGUGAACGACGAGCACCCGCGGAGGACGGCGGAGGACUUCACGGACCAGCCGCCGUGGAUCCCGUUCCCAACCCACAUCGUCCACCGUCUCCACGAGGCCAAGCAGUUCGUCCAGCUGCAUUUACGCCCCAACGCCGCCGGCCCGUCCGACUGCUGCCGCUUCUGGGAGACGGAGCAGCACUGCCCGCUCGUCAUCGUGCGCAGCUGCCGCGAGGUCGACGGCCCGCUCUGCCCCCUCCUCACUGACCUCUUCGGCAAGCCUGUGGCCCCGUCCGGCCUCCUCGCUCCAUACGACGCCGCCCAAGAAGCUGUUGCCGACCGUGCCGGCGGCGGCGAGGAUGAGGACAAGGCGAGCGCGAGUCUCAUGCGCUGGCUGGACGAGCAGCCGGCGAGGUCCGUGAUCUACGUCGCGUUCGGGAGCGAGGCACCGCUGACCCCCGAGCAGGUCCGCCAGCUCGCAGUCGGGCUGGAGCUGUCGGGCGCUCGGUUUCUCUGGGCGCUGCGGGAACCGAGCGGCCUCCUGAUCCCCGACGGGUUCGAGGAGCGCGUGUCCGGGCGCGGCCUCGUGCGCGUGGGGUGGGUGCCGCAGGUGCGCGUCCUCGCGCACGGCGCCGUGGGUGCGUUCCUGACGCACACUGGGUGGAGCUCGCUCAUGGAGAGCUUCCUGUUCGGCCACCCGCUCGUGAUGCUACCUCUGUUCGCCGACCAAUGCGUCACGGCGCGAGCCAUGGCGGCGAGGGCGGUCGGCCUGGAGGUGCCCAGGGACGAGCGCGACGGGUCGUUCGCCGGGGUCGACGUUGCCUGGACGGUGCGGCGGGUGAUGGCGGAGGGCGAGGAAGGGAAGGCGCUCGCCCGCAAUGCCAGGGCGUUCCAGGAGAUUCUCUGCAACAGGGCGAAGCAGGACAAGUACGUCGACGAGCUAGUUGAACACCUGCUGCGACUGCAAUAGGGCAAGGGACGCCGUGUUGCCUGUCGAAAUGUGUAAUCAAUAAUCGUGCAUGUUUCCUCAAUCUACUCGAUGUCCCCGAAAUAUGUAAAUGUGAUAAUCGUGUCUGUUUUCCGACUCUACUCGAUGUCCCCUGAAAUGUGUAAAUGUAAUAAACGUGCAUGUUUUCCCAGUCUACUCGAUGUCCCUGAAAUGUGUAAAUGUAAUA